AUGGGCUUUGCAUCCAAUUGCCGCCCUUGGGUUAAGGAUGAGAACAAUUGCUUCGACAUUUCUAUGAUGGGAAACCCAAUAGCCUAUAUCCCCGGUCAACAAUGUUUCUUACACGAUGUCCACCAUUCCAGUGAAUCCAUGUCAACGACCCAUCCCUCUGCCUCCGCUGCAAGUGCAAAAUUGGUAUUUGCCUUGAUGGACAAUACUCCUCCAGCACGCUUUCAGGAGGAUGCUGCCACUCAAGAAAACAAGGCACAUAUGUUGCUGUUGCAAUGGGAACUGAAUGGGCUGCUUCUAGAGGCUCCUGAGGGACCAAAGAUAAUCAGGACUAGAGUCCAGAUAUACCUGGUAGACCAUCAAUCAAGGGUCCAAGGGAAGUGUCUAGCUUCUGUCACAGAAGGUCAGGGUUGGCAGGGAUCAGGAAUCCCCAUGGAAAUUCUCAUUGUUGUCACCAGUCUACUAGGAGUAGGAGAUCUACACUCUCUUACCAAAGUUUCUUCUCUGCUGAGAGAGAUCGCCGGUCCUCUCUUCUUUGCCAUCAGGAAUUUUCCAACUUCCACGCAGGAUAUGUUUCACCUCCACAUAAUCACAUUCCUUGAGAAUAUCUGUGCCUCCUCCUGCGAAGAGCUCGUGUGCAUAGGAUUCUCCGAUUACAUGUGCUCGUUAUCCGUCACCAGGCUCACCGAAAUCAAGGCGCACCCAGGUUCAAACCACCUGAAAUCCUUCCAGGCAUCAUUGCGGGCAUUCUUCUCUCCUGAACUCCUUCCUUUCACCAUGCAGAUCAUUCAAUCAUCCCCUUUGGAGAAGCUUCAAUUGAGUUGUGUCGACAUUGAUUGUGCACCGUCCACGCUAAUUCAAUUUCUGGCUCGCCAUCCGGAUAUGAGUGAUUUGAAUGUUAUUCUGCGACCUGAUGUGUCCUGGACGACUGCUCGGGUCACCGCACCUACCAUCCUUUCUAUUCCCCGUCAAACACUGGGGAUUAAAAUGGAUGUUGAUGCCAACAACGACGAUCUUGUGGAGAUGGAUGAUGGCGGGGGCAAACAAAUGGGAGAUAAGAACAUUGGAAAUGCUAACAAUGGCCAUGCCAUGGACGUCAAUGACACUGGGGGCGUCGCCAACGACGGUGAUUGUAUGGACAUUGAUGACGCCAGAGGUGAAUACAUGGUCGCUAGAAACCUCAACAACGGUAUUCUUAUGGAUGUUGAUGACACUGGGGGCAAUGUUACGAUGGACGCUAGAAACAUUAACAACUAUGAUAUAAUGGACAUCAAUGACGAAUACAUGGUAUACAUGGACUUGACUAGGAGAUGA